AUGAUCCUAUGUUCCAGGGAGGCGGCCAAGAUGGAUCACCUCCAGAUCCUGGACAGCCUCCUCAAGAAGGACUAUGACAGGAGGGCCACACCCACCAACCACCUCAGAAUGGCCCGUAGGAAUCCCUGGCCAUUUGUAGGUCCUUACCCAAGCGGAGACAAGGUAGGGCAACCUGUACACAUGGGAAUGUGCCGCUUGACCUGCCCAUUACGGUACAUGUGCUCCCAACAUGGCUAG